AUGGCUACAAUCACGGACCCAGCUCACAAAGAUUGGGAUCAGAAGAUCAAGGAGGUAGAAAGUUACCUAAAUACUGCUUACAAUGCCUCAACAGGGACUAGCCCUUUCAAGCUCUUGCAUGGAUAUCAACCAAGGAUGCAGGAUGGUAUCCUCAGAUGGCUGAACACUGAGAAUAACGAGUGGGUCUGCCCGGAGCAACUUCAAGAGAUGGCUCAAAAGGACAUAGCGAGCCAGCAAGCAAGGUCGAAGCAGUACUUCGACAAGCGUCACUUCACAGCGGACAAGUUGAGUGUUGGAGACAUAGCGGUAAUGAGCUGCGUUCCAGAGCACACUGGUGCCCCAACAAAAACCCAGAAGAAGUUCAGAGGUCCACUCACUGUGAUAGAAGUACUUCCAGCAGACACCUACAGAGUGACCGAGAUGAACGGAAGGAAAAGGGUGUACUCGGCAACUGCCCACAUCAGCCAACUGAAGAGAUGGGGUGGAAGAUGCCAGGAACAGUUCGACCAGUCAAGCUCCGACGAGGAAGAAGGCGUGCCGAGACGUAGCACACGUGUGUCCAAAAGGCCUGCGUAUCUUCGAGACUACACCACAUGA